AUGAUCCGGUCUUCCGCUACGCGGUCCAGUACAUUCCGCGCGCGGGACAGGGGUACGUACGUCCCCCCCAAGAGGAGCUACAUUGGAGGGGCGGGCUUGAAGAAAGUGCGGCGGAAAAUGGAGGCAGCGCUCGCCCCCGUUGCCGCGAGCUGGAAGCGGGACAGUGUCACCGUGUUGUCGGACAUAAUAACCGACCGUUGUGGCGGCCCGCAGGCCAACAUACUCCUUGUCAAUGACUCCGGCGCGGUUUUCGAGCAGGCGGUGGACUGCCACAUGGAGUCGAAGAUCGGGGGGUACAUCGCCAGCCUUCUCCGCCCCGUGAUAGAUAAGGUGGGGCCGGGGAAUGCGGUGGCGGUCUGCAUUGAUGGCGACAGCAACUAUGCAUCGGCCACCAAGAAGAUCGCGAGCACAUGGCCGCACAUUGAGCAUGUGCCAUGUGCCACGCAUGUUUUGGACCUAUUGAUGGAAGAUGUGGGCAAAAUGGGAUGGGCGAAGGGGCUCGUGGAGAAGGCGGGGGAGAUGAUCACCUUUGUGCGCAACCGUCACUUCAUCCCUGUGUCCCGGCUAUGCGAGGUGAGGAGUGGGCUGGCGCAGAUGGUUCUCAGCGACGAGUGGAAGGUGUGGGGAGUGGGGGAUAGGGAGAGGAAGACCGCAGCCGAGAAAUUCAGGGCUGCCGUGAUGGAUGAGGAGUGGUGGGGGGUGGCUGCCUUUCUCUCAUGGAGCUGUCAUCAAGGCCAUACGGGGCACGGACUCCACGGCGAAGGGGAUGAUGGGCAAGCUGUGGAGGGAAUUUUCAGGAACGAUGUGGAGUGCACACGGGUGUUCAAGGAGUACAUUGAGCGCCACUACGACAACGUCACCUUCAGGCGUGGCAAGGUUGGCGCCCCUCGUCGCGCCUCACUUGUGCUGCAGGAGGCAUUGCUGGCCUACAUCGACAUGGAGGGCAGUUUUGGUAGGCCGAGCGUCAUUACUGCAAGGGAGGCAGUGAAGAAGGGGGGGAUGAGCAUGGUGCAGUGGUGGUCGUGGCACAACAACGAGUACCCGGAGCUUGCCACCCUUGCAUGCCGGGUGCUCACUCGACCCGUCUCGGCUUCCCCAUGCGAACGUGGCUGGGCGCAGUGGAAAGGCGUCCACACCGCCCGCCGCAACCGGCUCGGGUCCGCCAAGUGUGCGGACCUCAUUUACAUUGCGCACAACUGGAACGUUGUGCGCAAUUGGUACAACAACGUUGGGGGCAGUAACAUCCUGGAUGCCCCUAUCCCCCCCGGCCAUAACAUGGAUGAAAUGCUGGGGGCGGAAGGAGAGGAUGCAGUUCUGACGGAUGACCACUUGCUCCUCUCCCUCUUCCUUCUCGUCCUCUUCCUUCUCACCCCUUUUCUCCUCCUUCGUUCUCACCCCUUCCUUCUCUCCCCCUUCUCUCUCAACCCUUCCUUCUCUCCCUCUUCCUCUCACCCGUUCCUUCUCUCCCUUUUCCCUUUUCCCUUUUUCCUUCUUUCCCUUUUCCUUCUCUACCUUUUCCUUCUCUUUCUCCUCCUUCUCUCCCUCGUCCUUCUCUCCCUCUUCUGUCUCUCCAUCCUUCUCUCCUUUCUUUCCCUCUUCCAUUUUCCUGUCGCCCUCUUCCCUCUCUCCCUUGUCCUCUUCAACCUCUCUCUUCCCACCUGCUUCUGCAAUGAGGGGCUCGAGAUGGAUAAGGGUGAGGCACUACAUUCGUGA